GUAAGACUGUAUAGUGUUCCAGCCACUGGCACACGCUGCCGCGCGCGCCGGUGGCGGCGACGAAGACGCGUUGCGGACGCGCCGUCACGGUGUAUUGCGCGUGAACACACUGCCUGCCACCGCUAUGUCCCUUCACUGGGGGUGAACAGCCACCACUCAUAACCCGCAUCUGUCGUGCCUUUAAUCCUUCCAAUGCUAGUUGUGGGUCUGACGGGUGGGAUAGCCACCGGCAAGUCCACCGUGUCCACCCUCUUACGCGCACACAACAUCCCAAUCAUCGAUGCCGACGUCCUUGCGCGCCAGGUUGUCCUUCCAGGGACGCACGCGCUGCAGAAGAUAGUCAAACACUUUGGGCAAGACGUCCUCCAACGCGACGGUACCCUCGACCGUGCGAAGCUUGGCGCGAUCGUAUUCUCAGACGAACGUCAGCGCAAGGUGCUGAAUGGGAUCGUCCACCCCGCCGUACGCCGCGCGAUGCUCUGGGACGUCAUCCGGUGCUGGUGGCGUGGCGAACCGCUGUGCGUCCUGGACGUGCCACUGUUAAUUGAGGGUGGACUCUGGCGAUUCGUUGCAACCGUCGUAGUAGUCUAUUGCUCCCCAGAAAUCCAGUUGCAACGGCUCAUGGCGCGAGACAGCUCGAGCCGUGAAGCAGCCAUGGGUCGCCUGAACGCUCAGCUUCCCAUUGGAGAGAAGGUCGACUACGCUGACAUUGUCGUUGACAAUUCUGGCUCGCUGCAAGAUCUUCAAGGGCAAAUCGAAUCCUUAAUUGCCAAGUUGCGCCGGAGAGCUGGUUGGUCAUGGAGGAUAAGCUGGCUGUUCCCACCCUACGGCCUACUAUCCGCUCUAUCUGUGCUCGCGUGGAAGGCUAUCCGGGGGAAGAAGGCGACGCAAAAACGGACCAUACGCCCGUGAUGUUAUGGGUCACGCACUGAUCUCAUGUUCGUUGGCAGCUUCAUGAUGUGUAAAUUAUGUCGAGGUGCUACCAGCGCGUGCUGCAGUUGCAAGUUUCUCCGCAAAUUCUCUAGACAUUCGGCGCAUAUAGCUUACGUGCGCUUUGUACUGAGGUCCUGUUAUCAAUCUGAAUACACGAAUGGAUGUUUUGCUGCAUUGGA